AUGCCUCAAUCACCCCCAAACCAAGCCCAAAAAGAUGUAACGCGGAAAAGCGCAGCCCAUAUUCAGCCUAGACGAAGUGCCCGUGGGGGUCUGCAGCCCCAGCAAUCGUUGCGAAGGUAUGUGGACGACCUGUCUGCACAGGUGGCCGAGUAUCGCGGUGCCCUGGAAAGGCUUUUUCCGGGUUCAAAUCUGGAAAACCUCAAGCAUAUGCCACGUGAACAGCUGCUUGACCUGAUGUAUCCUACAUCCAGAGAAAGCACAGAAAUCACACCGCUUGAGGAAUGCGAUUCUGAAGUCUCGGAUGAUGUCAAUGCCCUCUCAUUGAACUCGAGGAAGCCUAGGUCAUACCUCGGGAUAUCAUCAGUCCAUGCGAUCUUCAAAUUGAUAUUCAUUCUCAGUCCUGAAAGUGUCCCUGACCAUAAAGGGCCCACCCAUAAAGAUACUGGCCACGAUGAUGCAUUUCUGCAACCGCAGAAACCCGGUGCCUCAUCACAGGUGUUACCAUUAAGACCCCUACAGCCGCAAUUCCGGGCCCCGUCAACCAAAUCAAGAAGUGAUCGUGCCUUGACACCGGAAAGUGAUUGUAUCGCUGCUUAUUUUACCUAUUUUCAUCUUCUUGUUCCAAUAGUCGACGAAACUAGCUUUCGGGCAACUUAUGCGUCAGGCCAUCGUAAAGACAGGGAAUGGCUUAGUCUGUUGAACAUCAUCUGUGCCCUUGGCAGUAUUGCGGCUACAAAUACCCAAGACAAGUCUCACUGUGUCUACUAUUCACGAUGCAAAAAUCAUUUGGGCCUGGAGUGUCUUGGUUCCCCUCACUUGGAGACAAUACAGACUCUCGGCCUGAUGAGUGGACUUUACUUGCACUAUAUCAGCCAGCCGAACCUUGCAUAUUCCCUGAUGGGUGCCGUCCAGCGCAUGGCAUUAGCACAGGGCUUCUACGAAAAUACAGAUUCUCGAACACAGACCGCCGACUUCAGUAACAGCCUGCAGAUCAGACGACGAGCCUGGUGGUCGCUGUUCUGUAUGGAUACCUGGGCCUGUGGUCCACUCGAUCGGCCAGAUAUCGAUCGACACGGACCGACAAAUUCUAGUGUUGAUCUGUUGUUACGGGGAGAUGAGAGAAACGUGCUAGAAAUCCUGCCUCUUUCGGAAAAUGUUCGGUUUUGUCGGAUUGCCACACGAAUUCAAGAAGCUGUCGCCGCGACCUCGAUCAUCUCUCAUGCCGAGCGCAGGAGACUGAACCAAGAGCUUGAAGACUGGUUUGAUAACCUACCAUCGAUUUUGAAAAAUCAUCAGCCAUGCUCAGAAUCAAUUUUUGUUACCCGCACAGUGAUGCGUUGGCGAUACUUUAAUCAGUGUCUCCUCCUCCACCGUCCCAGCCUGCUAGACUAUGCUAUCCGCCGCAUUCCUUGUUUUGCCCUACCGGAGUCUGAACUCUCCUCAAUCCGGAAAUGCCGACGCUAUGCAAAAGAAACGAUUGAGGAUAUUGUGGCCACUCCGUUAAUCAACCAGUCCACGGGCUGGAAUGGUGUAUGGCUACUCUUACAGGCUGUGUGUGUUCCGCUGCUGGGAUGCUUUCUUGCCGAUGCUACGACAGAUGAUCCGCAUGCCUCGCUAGAAUCUUGUCAUUCGCAAGUCAAAAUUGCUAUUGAGUUUCUAGUACGCAUGAAAACUUGGAGCCCGACGGCAACGCGCACUCUGCUUGUUAUUUCGCGUAUUCUCUCCGCAAGCGAAAAGGCAAGAGCAAAACUGAGUUCUCGCCCUCCAAUACUGAGUGAUGCCGAAACUGCUGAAAACAAUAUUACCCCUUUGGCAUCAUCGCUUCAGGAUUCUGUUUGCAACAACCGCGUCUUGCCCGGGGCGAACAGUUUUCUUUUGGGUCAAACCGGAUAUCAUCAGCAGCCUCACCAGCUGAUGAAAUUUUCGUAUCUGAGCGACAUUCAAGCCCCAAACGAUCUUCCGUUUACGGAUAUUCUUGCCGGUGAAUAUUCGAAUGAGCCAAUGAUCCAGAACUUUUGGGACUACCUCCACUUGACAGAUGAUACCAUUAUGCAAGAUCUCCCUUUCUCUGAAUACCAGGGCGCUGGGCUGGUUGAUCCACAAGAAAUGGACUCCGUGUCACUUUGGGAUCAGGCCGGAGUUGAUGAUUUACAAAGGGGAUGGGAUGACGUGGACUUCGAACUUCUUUUGAGUCUUGCAGACAACAACGAAAACGAAGUCCUCGUAGGAGCUAAUAGCCUGGGAUACGGAUUUGAUGGAUAA